AGGCAUCGUGGCUCGAAGUGACCCCGUCGAAGGGAUCGCUGCUCCUGCCGGGGAUGCCGGAGAGAUGCCGCAGGCGGUUCCGCGGCACCCAGUACGAGGUCCGGGUGCCCGGCGGCCGUUUCCACACGUGGGCGAAUAACCAUCUGCAUCGGGCUCGGACAGUGGCCGGCGUCAGAAGCGCAAUCAACGACAUCAGAAAGCGCCUUCGGGAGCGUAGAUCCCGAGCUUCCGCCGCGCGCGCCUUGAAGGCGGCCGCGGCGAGGCACUGGCACGUGCCCCGGCGCAGUUCCGGCGGCCCCUUGCGGCCAAAGGCCGGUGCCCGCGUGAUCGUGUCCGUCGCCCGGAGGAACUCUGGGCGCGGCCAGAGCGUCCACGACAAGAAGCUCUCCUUGGCCCUUUGCCGCGGGCCGAUGCGGAAGGCGUGCCGCGCCGACGACGUGCUCCUGGUGGUCACGGCUGCGCCCUCCGAUCGGAUCAGGCCGCAGGCAUACAGGGACGCCGUCGAAGGUCUCAAUGGCGAGAGGGCCCUGGUCGUGGCCUGCCGGGCGGACAAGAUGCACCCGGCGGCGACGUACUACGCCAAGGUCGGCUUGGGCAGGCCAGACUGCUGGUACCGGAAGGCCAGAAAGGGCGACAAGCACACGCACGUGGAUGCAAAGGGGAACGCUUUCGCGGUCCGGUCGCGGUUUCGCGCCGCGGGGGCAAAGGACGACCACAGCUUUGGCUCCAACGACCUCCACAAGGUCGUGGUGUCCACUCACUACCUCAGGUCGGCCACCACGCUGGAGGCGGCGCCUCGCGUGCCGCCUUCUCUGUCUGGUCUCUUCGACAAGUGGACGGGGCACGGGUGCAAAGUUCUCCCGUCAGGCCCGGCCGGGGCAGUGAAGCGCUGGCUGGGCGGUCUGUGACGAGUGCGCGCUGUAGGUAUACAGGGGCGCAGACACUCCUGGAUAGGCGCUGUUCGGCGCUAUUCGGCUCUAUUAUUAUCCUAUUGUCCGCCGUUUCGCGGUUUUGUGGAA